UACGAAGUUCAUACAAGGGCGCGAGAAUGCCGGGUCUAUCGUUGGAUCGACCUUUAGAGACUGCUGAAUCGGUUACACGACACCUCCGCGACAGAUCAGUUCCUAUCGAAGACCAAUUGGUCUACGCCAAUCGUCUAUUCACAAAUGAUAUCAAUGUGUUUUUACCUCGAAAGGAGGAAUUUCUGCUAGAGUGGAUCUUUGACAGAUUAUGUGAGGACGGUGUUGGCGGAAAGUCAUUCUCUGCAUCAAAAUCCGGGAAGAAAGCACGGCUGCUGGAGGAGAGCUGGGUCUUUGUUGCGGACGUAUUUCAGCAUGAAAUGGUCUCAGAUUCGGCACGAGUAAUUGUCUUCCGGAAAGCGCCAUUCAUCGCUUUUAUCUCAUCCGUCCUGAACGAACUCACAACUCUCACCUUCGAAGAAGUCGCCAAGCUUUGCCCUGUCUUGCAGAGGGCACUUUCUAUCCUAUAUGGAGGUGCAUCUCCGGUCACUUCACGAAGCGGCAUUGACUCUGGUAUCACACUGUACGCCAACCUUCUGUCGCUGUGCGCAAAGUACCCCGACUCAGAGGCCGUGGAUGUCCUCGGCGAUGAAGUAGAGUCAUUAUUCCGCACCUCACUCUACGGACAGGCAAACCAGAAGAAGAUCUUCCAAUCCUUCUCCCAGAAAUGUCUCCUCCCCUCUCUCGCUCUCCUCGGUAACCCAACCCUCACCUCAUGGAAGCGCAGCACCUUGUCAAACGCCAUCUCCAGCCAUAUCUUCGCUCCUGAAGCUCUUUAUGACUUCUCCGCUGCCGACACCUCUAAGCCCACCGCGGGCUUCGGCGCGGUCACCUCCCUCAUCACAUCCGCCACCUCUGGACGCUCCGAAAUCCUCGCCGCAAUUCCAGACCUUCUCAACAUCGCCCUCCAAAGCCUCCGCAAGGACACCGGCCUCAGCACUCGCCAAAUUAGUCUCAGUGCGACCAAGAUUUCCGACCUCGCAUACCAUAUCUUUGCUUCCUUGAUCUCGACCGCAGAGGCCCUUAGAGGUGACGAUAUCCAAGUUUGGACCGCAGUGUUGGAUUUGCUGAGGAGGUUCAGUGCGCAGGAGGGACAGGGUGGUGCAGGUAUCGGUGAUGAACGACUCACCAUCCGACUCUCCGAGAUCGUCAAACAAACUCUGCAAUUACUGGGGACGGGUGAUGACGAGCUCAAGGUGAUCGCAUACCGUGUCACCUCCGCCGUGCUCGACCUAGAUUUCGAUACGGUUCUCGACAGCGCAGAACAACUCUAUCCCCUCCUCGCCGCACCCGCCUCCCCAACCGUAACAGAAGCCGCACUCAGCACCAUCUCCGACCUCAUCAAAGCCCACACGACAGCCCGUGACCUCGGAGGAUUUGCAACAGCCUGGGAAGAGGCUCUUCGUCAAAAUGGGAUGGACGGACCUCUCGGAACGCAGGAGGCGAUCGAGGCGUUCGCGAAGGCUGUGGCCGGUCGUGGUAUGAGCGCUGGGCAGAUCAAGGCCCUGAUUGAGGAGCUUACGGAUAAGUUGGCUGAGGGUAGGGGAGUCAAGUCCGUGGGAAGCCCUGACAGGAGCAAGAGACGUAGGGUCAGUGGGGUUGAGGGAAGUGCGAACGAUGCGGCUUUCGUUCCGCUUCUUGCGGUAUUGAGCGGAGUUAGGUCGGAUGAAAUCGCUGCUCGUAUCCUACCAACACUCAAGGACUUAUACGAGAGAGUCUUGAGUGUAAACUGGGGAGUCUGGACAGCGAAGGUUCACUACGUCGCUUGCGACGUGUCUGAGGCAUAUCUGCUGUCAACGGUAUCUACUGAUGUUACCAAUGCCAUGCGUGAGUGCAUGAAUCAAGGUACGGAGUGUCUAUUCUGGGCUUUGCAGGUUCUCUUCAAGUACAGGGAGUCCGUGGAGUUAAUUGAGGAUGCGUCUGUCAGGGGCAGCGUUGAAGAGGCCUUCCAGUUUGCCAUGAUCCAGGUAGCAGACAUUAUCGAGAAGGGGAAGAGUGAUGAACACUGGGACGGAAAGCUGAAAACUCUCUCAAAGGACAAUUUGCCUGUUGCCAUCGUUUCCUUGCUCACCGGACGCUGGUUGACAGUUGUCAACGCAGCGUUGCCAAAGUCUAAGCAGGAGAAUCUCUUCCGACAAAUCAGGGCUUUGAUCAGGGAGUCCAUUGUGGCGGAUCAGGCUACUUUGACAGGGUCUUACGCUACAUUGGAGAAGUCCAUGCUUGGUUCGGCUAUUUUCUUCGAGCAAGAGGCUGUCAAGGAUGUCUAUGUCGAUGAGGUAUUGCGGGAUUUGAGUCUUGGGGGAAAGUUUAACACUGAUGUCGAAAGCAUCCGGACGGCGUGCACUUCAGGUUCGUCCGUUGAGCUCGAUAGGUCUCUGCUGGCAACUGCUUUGAGCGCUAUUCAUUCGUUGGCCUUGUUUCCCCUCGAAUGCCUGAAGCGUGGACCUAGGGCUCGCGCAUUGGAUCUUCUCCUUCAGGUCGAUGCUUGCUGCUUGUGUAACUCGUCAUCCGAACCGGUAGCAUAUGCAUGCGUGCGUGACGGUCGCCAGUUGAUGCUUCGUCUGUUCGAAGUUCCUAACAUGUCGUCUUUCCUCGCGACGGAGAGUGCUAGUUUGAGUUACCUUUUCUUAAGCCUUGACGCCAUCACUUCGGAGGAUGUUGUCAAAUGUACUCAAUCGAUUGGUCGCACAAUGAUCGGUCAAAUCGCAGCCGAGAAGAGUCUGGAAAAGGGCAAGGAUUUCGUUAGAGUCCUCCUUGUUGACGCUGAGGAUAAGACCUACAUGUACGGAGCGAACGUGACGUCAAGGUUCUCUGAAUGGUUGGACCAGGUGGAGACGAAGACCAAGUUUACAUUGGAUGGAUGGGUCGUAAUGGCAGAGACUUUGACAUUGGCGUUCCAGGCUGAGGAUAACUCAGGCUUCUUGGAUGCAUCUGCUGUCGACAAUAUCAAGACCAUUGCAAGCGGCUUGCUGUCAUUGUUGGGCUCUUUACUUGAGAAGCUGACAUUGGUGGAAGACCAAACCAGAGCCGUGGAGAAACUUGCAGGUAGUGCCGAUCUGCUGAGAUGUUUCACGGAACUUGUUUUGAACGUCAACAAUGUUAAGGCCAUCUACGAUUAUGAAGCUUUGACCAAGGCUUUGCUCAGCUUGGCUGGAAGAACCCUCAACGUUGUGGAAGGCACUCGUGAACCCCAAACAGAUAUUCUUCGUCUUGCGUGCAUGUUGUCACACAAUGCUGCGUCUGCGGCGGCAGUUAUGUCGUUUUACAUCGUUCUGGCUCCCCAAGCAGAUUUGUCACGCAACUUGCAAAGGAUGUCAGAACAUCUUACAGUGCAGGAUCUUGCUGCUGUAACUUCCGAGUUAGCAUCCACAUGUUGGUCCGGAGACGUUGCUAUCGAGCAAAGAAGAGCAGCUCUGGCAGCAUUGCGUAGCUUCUGCCACUCCUUCAAGCAGGAUGUGGAAGCUGCGCCGUCUUCCGUUCUCCCCAACGUGGUGUCUGGCUUCUGCAAGAAUGUCGUCGAAGCUGGACAUGCUGGCUUGUUUGUGGACGCCGUUCGUCUUCUCGAAACCGUAGUUCGCGAAAAGGCAUGGGCAGUAUCCCAAUACAACCUUGACCAAAUUCUAAGCACGGUGACAUUGUGCGCAUCUCCGGCAGGACCAGAGUUCGAAAAGUCCGACAAAACACCUGACGAGAUCUUUAUGGCGUUGACUAAUGUCAUGUCAUGUGUGCUGCAGCACCAUAGGCAUCGCCUUUCUGGGCGGUACCAUGUCAUUGUUGGUGCUUUCCAGGCUCUGCUUCAUGCCUUUGUUCGACGCCAAGCGGUUCAUCGUCGUGGAAGGACGGCUGACGGCGUUGCAAGGCAACCAAAGUGGUUGGUGCAUCAUUCGGAGGCAUGCUCCGUGUUCUCGGCACGCGCAUACGCUCGUCUUUUGUCGACUUGGGUCGACCCGACCGCCGCACAGUUGCGCCAGGAUACCAGGGUGAAGAAUAUUCGACAUCAUCUUACGUCAGCUUCUGCUAGCGCGAGCAAAGCUGUUGCCAAACACAUCGCCUGGUUGUUCGUUGAGUUCGUCUCCGUGCAGUUGCAUCAUCCCCAUAUCACAAUCGCUUCGGACGUGCGUGAUGUUCUUAUGUCGGGCAUGUACUCCUUGUUCGAUAUUUGUGGCCAGCAUGAAAGAGAAAUGGUUGCUGCUGCCUUGGAUGCCUCCGGGCGGGGCAUCUUCCAGAAGAUGUACGAGGAUUGGAAAAGGUUUGGACAGUGGGUGGAGAAGUAACCUACAAAAGGGAGUUAGAAUCUGCAAGCUUUGGUUGAAACAUAGGGCGAUUGCAAUCAUUAGGUUUUGGCAUUAUGGGUAUCUAGGAGUCCUAUGCAUAGUAAUUCAUCAUUCAGUCCUUCACAUGUCUUCUUCCUGCAAAAGGUCCUGCAAACGGCGAAGC